AUGGUGAUGUUUCAUGAUGAGGUGGAGAUCAAGGACUUCCAGUACGAUGAGGACUCGGAGACUUAUUUCUACCCCUGCCCAUGUAGGGAUAAGUUUGCCAUCACCAAGGAUCAAUGUAUGUGUGCAGAAACAAUCCCACCACCUUCCACCAACAAAGAAUUACUUAAAUGCUGA